UGGUCAGAGGCACAAUGUGUAUGUGCACACUGUGUUUGUGUGUGUUUAUGUUUGUGUGCGUAACGUAUGUGUAAUGGACGGCUUGUAUUCUGAGAGCAAAGACCACAGGAGGCCAGAGAUCUGAUAAACCUUACCUGCCUUUUCUAAAUUAUUACCACAAAAAUGUCCUUGGGCUAAUGGAAACCUUUGUUUAAGUUAUUUUUAAAGGAGAGAAUCCUCAAAAUAGAAUGGAUCUGAGAGCUAAACAUGGUUUGGCGCUGCUGGAGCAGCUCAAUCGCAUGCGAGAAGAUGAGCAACUCACAGAUGUUGUGCUUGUUGCUGAAGGUGUCAGUUUCCCAUGCCACCGUGCUGUUCUUGCUGCAUUCAGCCCCUACUUCCGUGUUAUGUUCACCUGCGGCCUGCGUGAGAGCACCCACCGUCAGAUUGUACUGAGGGACAUGCCAGCUCAGAGCUUAGCCCUCCUGCUGGACUACAUGUACAGUUCCAAACUCCCACUGUCCCCAGACAAUGUGCAGGGCAUCUCUGUUGCUGCCUUCCUACUGCAGAUGGAUGACGUUUUUGGGCGCUGUCAAAUCUACAUGACAGCCAACAUGGAUGCCUCAAACUGCUUGGGCAUUUAUUACUACGCUCGGGACUUGGGGGCUGAGGAUCUGGCUGACCAGGCCCAGCGCUACCUCCGGCAACACUUCACUGAGGUGUGUCUAAGUGAGGAGGUGCUGGAACUGGAGGCCCACCAGCUAGGGGCACUGCUGGCCUCAGAUGACCUUAAUGUGACACGGGAGGAGACCAUUCUUGAUGUGGUGCUACGAUGGGUAAAACAUAGCUCGGUUGGUGCAGGCCUGGAAGAAGAACACCGUGUCAAUCAUCUCCCUGAACUCUUGAAAAAGGUACGACUUCCUUUGGUUAGUGCAGGUUACCUGAAGGAGACCAUGCGACGGAACACACCACUGCUGUCUGAUGCAGAAUGCUUGCAGAUGAUGGAGGAUGUGUUGGAAGCGACAGGAGCACAUCCACAUGCUCCACCCCGUCGACUGAAACUACGCUAUGGCAUGGAGACCACUGACUUACUCCUAUGCAUCGGCAAUGACACUGGAGGUAUACGGUCACGCUACGGUAGCUAUUCGGACCAUUGCUUCUGCUAUGCUCCUAUCACUGGUCGCACAUUUUUCAUCACGUCCCCUCGCUAUGGUGAUGCUCUUGGAUAUGUCUGUGCUGGGGUUGUCACUGAAGGGAAUGAUAUUAUUGUGGCAGGAGAGUUAGGAGCACGAAGAAUGGCAAGACAUAAAGACAGGAAUGUUGAGAUUUUCAAGUAUAACCAGGAUGCUCAGGGUAGCUGGAAGCACCUGGGUUCAGCAGAAUAUCGUGAUUCAUAUGCACUGAGCUCCCUGAAUGAUAACUUGUACCUCAUUGGAGGUCAAAUGAAGCUAAAGAACCAGUACCUCAUCACAAAUAGUGUUGACCGCUGGUCAUUGCAAGGCGGUCCUUGGCACAGUGCUGCACCUCUACCUAUGCCCUUGGCGUAUCACAGCGUAGUCCGGAUGAAAAGGCGCCUUUAUGUGCUUGGAGGACGGACCCCACAGACAUACCGUGCAGAUGAGGAGCCUGACCGUAUGAGUAACCGCCUGCUUGAGUAUGACCCAGAGACCAACAAAUGGAAUGAGCUCUGUCCAAUGAAAUACUCUAAAUAUCGCUGCUGUGCAGUUGCACUCAAUGGGGAAAUCUAUGUUCUAGGUGGUAUUGGAUGUGAGGGCGUAGAUCACGGGCAGUCACGCCGCUGUCUUGAUGCAGUAGAGAUCUAUAGCCUUGAUGGAGAUUUCUGGAGAGAUGGCCCUCCUUUACCAUGGCCUCUUCUCUCACUGAGAAGCAAUGCACCAAAUGCUGGUGUGGUGGAUGGAAAGCUGUAUGUUUGUGGCUACUACAAAGGAGCAGAUCGGCAUGACAUUAUCACCAAGGACAUCCUGCAGUUGGAUCCAUGGGAAAAUGAGUGGACUGUUGUGGUAAAGCAGGCUGUAAUGCAUGACAGUUAUGACGUAUGUCUAGUGUCAAACCUUAACCCCCGAGGACUUAUGCGCCCUCCUGCUGACUUAGUUGAUGAAUAACAAAUCUAUUUACGUCUAUUAAAAAACAAACCUGCCGUCAUAGAUUUGACCUUUGAGAAGAUUAGUAGAGAUCUAAGAUGUAAAUAGAUAUUUUUGUUGUUUUCUUAAAUACUUAAGUGCCACUGAAACUGCAUUUAUUUUAUAUAAACAAUGUUAGUACACUUGUGUUGAGUAACUCUUACAUUUUGGCCUAAUUCUGUCUGAAAAUGUAAUUCCUUGUCAUAUUAAACAGCUGACAAUCUCAA